ACACAGUGCAGGGGGCACAGUUUUUCAGGGAAAGUGCAGUUCGGGUGAAGACGCCUUUUGAAGGAAGCCUGUCCGGAAAACCUAGUUUAUCCAUAGGUGUUUAAGUGGCUGUUCUGUUAAGAGGGACCGGAGGCUUCAAGUCAAGCUGCUAAUGUGGCUACUCCGUGCUCUUGGCUAUUAUAUUGGUAGUAUGUUGCAUUUUAAGGUGUCUUGGCCCACUAAAGGGAGUUGGUUUACGAUGUGGCUUGUACCUUUGAGUAGCUCUCUAACAAUAUUGCUUUAAACUGUGUAAGAUGUUUUCAGGGUAUGGGAGAUGAUCGUGUGUUGCAGGUUCAUUUUAGAAGGAAGUGAUUUGUUUUUCUGUAGGAUUGGACUGCUGAUUGGAAAAUGCAGGGAUGUUUUUCUGUGUAGGAAAGGAAUGCCGGAGACCAAUGCCCUUAGGGCAGGAAUAACCAGGAAGUUGCUUUAUCGCUAUGGAAAUAUCUCUAACCACUAUUGACAUCCAGGUGCUGUGCUACAGGCUUGUGUGAAAGUAACUUUUGUAUGUAUCUGUCAGCAGGAACCUUAGCCACAGACUCUUUCAGUGCCCAUAAGCAUUUCAGGGGCUCAUUAGGUAAAGCUCAACUUCUCUAUGAGUUCUCAACUUUUAUAAAUGCAUAGGAAAGAAGAUGGUGAAAGGUAUAGUGGCAAUUAGUCCUUAUCAGCUAGUUGUUUUCACUUUAUUCUGUAGGUUAGAAUACAACUUCACAGACACAAAGGUUAAAUGAAAAAUAUGAUUAACUAGUUUGCUCUGGAGUGUAGGCUUAGAUCAAAAUAAGGUUAAUACACUUAGCUUCUAUCCUGCUUUCAGCUGUGGCAUCUCUGAUUUAUGAGCUUUACUCAGUUAUCAGAUGCUUGCAGUAUCAGGCUGUGUUUGUAAUACGCGUGUGUGAAUGUAUUUGAGACUGAGCAUGGGACAUGACAGUGGGAGAAUAAAGUGGAUCUCUGUGGGUUUGGUCAUACAACUGUAUUUGGAGUAACACCACCACCUUAGCUGCUCUCAUUUCUAAGCAAGACAGACUUCAGCAAAAUAUUCAACAAGCUGAGUGCUGAAUGCUAGUAUGUUAAUUUUCUUAGUCUUUAUUGUAGAAGAAGAGAUAGAGAGGGGUUUUUAUUUGCAUGCUUUCAUGAAAUAGUGUGUACAGUUUACAGGCACUUUACCAACCUCAGUAGGUCCAUACCAUGUUUCUGUUUGCUUCAAAUGCCUUCUGAAGACGAGAGUAAUCAUGCUGACUGAGGGUGUUCAAGAAGAGUCAGGAGUCGUAUAUCCAAUUCCACUAUUCCUAUAUGCAUAUGGGGUGCCAUCAGAAGAUUCACAUUUGAGUAGCACCAGUAAAAAAAAACUGCUGUAUGGAUACAAAGGACUUUAGCUCAAGAUAUUCUCAAGUUUUAUUGGCUGUAUUUUCCAACUUCACAAUGCUGUAAAGUAAAACUUCACAUAUAAUUAUUUUUGGCAUGGGAUGUGAAAGUAGAGAAGAGAUGGCUGUUUGUGUCUGCAGGAAAAUAUUGUACCAGCAUUCAGUCUUCAGACUAAUGGGGGGAAAUGUUGAUAAGGAAGAAUACAUUUGAAAUAUGAUACACGAUAUCUCUGGAAGUAGAGUGAAAUACAACUGCAUUUCUAGGAUCUUAAACUUACUUUUAUACUGAACUUCAAGUAUUGAAAAGGUCAGUAUUCAGCCUUUGUAGAAGAAGGUAAAGAUUGAAGCGAAAGAGCUGCUCACUGUACAAAAGCCCAGUCUGGAAGUGACUGAUUAUUACAUUAACCUCUGCGUGGUAUGGAAGUUCUCUAAAAACGCUGGAUUAGCUCUCGAAUUUCAUUUCUGGUGUUCUACUUCCUACCCCUGCAGAAUUGCCUACUGCAGCAACUUCUGUUAACAACACUCACAAAACAUAUGGCUAGGUGUCUGCAUUUUCAUGAACACUUGUAGCUGAGUAUUUUAAAAUUAAAGUAUAGCAGAAAUUAAAAAAAAAAGAACAAAGGGUCUUUUGUUUUGUCAAUUGUAAGGUGGGCUUAAUAGAUAGGAAAGCUAGUAACUUCUUGGGUAGGAUGAUACUGUAUAAAUGAAUUAAAGCAAAUUCCAAAUCAUCUCCUCAAGUUUUCCUGACCUAUUAGUGCUUAUUAAAUAAUUAUAAUUUAUCAGUAAUAUAUUGAAACCUUCCAUUUCAUAAAAUAAUCACUUAAUACAGUAUUUCCACAGUAAAACAGCAUGUGAAAUAUUUUAUUUCUAGCAAACUUUUAAGCUAAUUUUUAAUAGCUCUAGUAUUUUUAAUCAUUUAGUUGAAACUUUAAUUUUCUGGGAGGUGAAAUUAUCUCCUCACCAUGCUGUAAAAGUUUUACAGGCAUUUGUUUCUCCUGAAUUAAAAUGAAGCACUGAAUGAAUUCACGUUUGACUGUUUAAUUAGCAGUAAUAAAUGAAGCUAAGUUUGUUCAAUAAUUAAACUUAAAUUGAACUUCGCUAUAAUUCUACAUCUACUAUCUGCUCCCAAGUAUCAGAAUCAGAAAUUAAGCCCUACUGUAAACUUAUUUUUUCUAUGUAAGUGUGACAAAAUAAGUGACUUCCAUUUUUUUAUUUUGUACAUUUAAUUUUAUAGGCCUUAAGUAGUACAGUAGUGGUUUUACCAGUUAAAUAUGAAGUAAUCCUUUGAAUUGUAGGUAUUUUUAAAUUGUUAAGAAAAGGCCAAGUAUAUUUUUUUGCAUUUACUAAUAUUCAGUGUUGUGCUUAUUGCAUAAACCACAUUGUUUAAACUCAAACCUACACAGCAAUCAAAAAUGUCCAGAAGACCUCAAAUUCAUAUUUUUGUGGGAGCACCCAGUAUUCCAAGCCCACUAGAGGUGUCAGAGCAAAGUAGUUCAGCACCUGCUGCUGAAAAAUGGAGAGAACUUCGCUGUUUGUGUGUUACACAUAGUCUUUUUUCUGAGAAAGUCAAAGGUGGUGACCACUUAGUGUUUCAGGCAGAAAGCUCUAUAGUCACAGUGGUUCCUACAAAUGAUGACAGCUCUCAGAAGUCUGAACAGGGGAGAUUAAUGGCACCAAAAGAAUAUUUGACAUCUCUUGCAUCUGUGGCAGUAACUUGUACCAGCACACCUAAAAAGACUGAAAGUUUAAUUUAUUCUGAUUGUCAGAUAUCCAAAGAUAGAUGCACACAUGCAAAUGUAAAUCAGGCUGCAGGUCAACAUCUUCCACUAAAAUUUGCAGAAGCAGCUAGACAAGAUAAACAAUUACUUGGCUGUUGUUCAAACAUCACUGAAAGAAAAGCCAGUCAUUUAGAAGUUAACAGCUCUGACAUUUCUGAUUUGGUUGCCAGUACAAACCAGAUUAGCAUACAUCUAAGGUCUGUGGAACAAGGUGAUCAAUCAGAUAGUAGAAGUGAUCACCAUGAACAUCUAAGUCAAUACCUGGAUAUGUGUUUCCCCCAAAAUCAAGAGUCAAAACCAAAAGGAGAACCAAGUGAUUGUUCAGAUUUUGCAGUGUCAACAGAUACUGAAUUUCGUUGUAUAAUGACUUCAAGUCAGAUGGCUGUUUUUGCACAGGAUCAAAAUGAGAUGCAGAAAAGAUUCAUGAAACUAUUGGAAACAGAAGCAAGCAAAAAACCUGAAGAAAGGCAGCAUGAUUGCUUUCAAUUUGUUUCUGAUGUUGGUACAUGUCUUAAUGUGGCUGAAAAUGAAUAUAAGGAGGAAUAUACAAGUUCCCUUGAACUUUUCAGUUCUGAGGGCAGUGGGGAACAUGUUUGCUUUGAAGCUACAAAACAAGAAGGAAGUGCUCAAGAAAAUACAGAGAUUUCUCGAGAACUUAAUGUUCCUGCUGAGCACUUUGUAAAUGAAAUCCAUAUUGAACCAUUGAGCUCAGGAAUAUUGUGCUCCCAAGUAGACAGUUCUCAUAAGAGCUCUUCUAAGGGAGACCACAAGUGUGAAGAUUCCUUUCGUGUUUUUCACUCUGCGUAUAAAAGACAGCUGAAAUCAAAGAAAGCUAAACUGAAUUCUUCUCCAGCUGGUCCAGGGAUGAGCGUGGAUCAAGACAGGAUGAGAGAGUUCAAGAAACUUCAAAAGAAACUAUCACCACUUAAGAAUUGCUGCUGCAAAAAUCAAAAGUACAAUGUUUUGGUCACAAUAGUACAUCCUUGUCAUAUCAAAGAAAUACAGGUGAAGACUAGACCAAAAUCUUCAUGUAAAGUUCCUGUAGCAACAAUUGUAGUUAUUGACCAGUCAGCAAUUGAGCGAAAAGUGGUGCUGUGGCGUGGUGCUGCAUUUUGGUCACUCACUGUGUUUCCUGGGGAUAUUGUACUGCUUACAGAUAUAAUAAUGUAUGAGAAUCUUUGGUGUGGAGAAAUGAUGCUGCAGUCUACAUUCAGCAGUCAGUUACUGAAUCUGGGGAACUGCUCAGCUCUCAAUCCAGAAGAAUUUUAUCCUAUAGUGGAUGGUGGUGUUCUCCAUGGCUUAUUGGCAUACAUAUCAUCAGAAUUUCCACACUUUGAAGACAUUCCACGAAGACAAGUUCAGAGACUGGAUAGUGUUCAGUAUAUGCAGCUAGACCAGCUCCAGCCAAAUACAUUGAUUCACUCAAUCUUGAAAAUUAUCAACAUUGCAGUAUUAACAGAGUCUGUGUAUAGCUACAGAGGUGGCAACCAAAGAAAAAUUGUUCUUACAGUAGAACAGAACAGAGAUCAACACUAUAGGAUGGUGCUGUGGGGAUCAGGGGCUGCCUGGUGCCCUCAACUUCAAAGGAAAAAAGAUCACAUAUGGGAUUUUAAAUACCUUCUGGUCCAACACAGUUCUGUCUCAGGUGACUUUGAACUGCACACAACUCCGUGGUCAUCCUAUGAGUGCUUGUUCGAUGAUGACAAAAGGGCAGUUGAAUUUAGAGAAAAAUUUCAGAAAAGCAAAACAUCCCUCAUGCAGAUGACGAAGCUCUCAGCACAUCUGGAGGAAAAAUGCUCAGGUGUGAUUCAAGUGAAAGCCCAUAUCCUAGAACUGAAGUUUACCAUUUCAACUGGUCAGUACAAACAACUCAUCUUUCGUGCUGACACUUCACUGAAGUGUGUUCUGGCUUCUCUGCCUAUGAUCACAUAUUCAGGUUGUGCUAAAUGUGGCUUGGAACUACAGGCAGAUGAGAACAUGAUCUACAAGCAGUGUAUCAGAUGUUUGCCAUACAACAAAGUAAAAACAUUCUACAGACCUGCUUUGAUGACAGUAGAAGAUGGAGGAUAUGAAAUUUAUGUUCAUGUCGUGUCUGAGUUGGUAGAAAAAAUCUUCCUCAAUAUUCCUGCAGACUGGCUGAACAGAUUAGUAGUGCCUUCUUCAGAUGUAACCUACAGCACAGUGGUAGCAGAUCUGUGUCAUUUGCUGCUAGCAGAUACAGAAGCAUCCUAUUUAUUGGAAAUUCAGAGCCAUUUUGUGCUAGAUGAAAACAGCUGUCCUUUGCAAAAGGAUUUCCAUCUGCUAAAUUUUCAUCCUGAUCUUUGAAGCACUGACCUCUGCAAUAACUGAGUAACAGAGACCAUAGGAACACACAGAUGGCAAACAGAUGAAAAAUUAAUUAGCUCAAGGAAGCGAAUCUCUUUACAGUAAACGAUUUUGGUUUUAACUUAUACAAAAAAAAAAAAAAAAAAAGGACUGGUAUGGAAUAUCUGCUAAUAGUAUAUAUGCUGCUGUAAUACUGAUAAAUUAUCGUAAAGUAUAUUUUUAUACAUACAUUUUUAUCUUAAACUCCUACUGGGUAUCUGUUUUCCUUUUCUCCCCAGAAAAGUUCACAAAUAUUGAGAGACAAUUUUUCUCAGAUAUGGCAGGUUAGAGGAAGGCAGCCACAGUUCAGUAAUAAUUUAAUUAUAAGAUUUUUAUUUGUCUUAACCAUGUUAUAGAAAGUGUAUAUGAUAAGUCUUUGUUUGCUUUGCUGUUGUGGUUGCUUUCCUUCUGACAGUGGAAUUUCUGCUGUUUACCAUCAGCAAUUUUGCUGCCAUUGUUUUCUCUUGUAAAACAGAACUGUCUCACUGAAUCUAAUCUUGAAGUUAUUGCACAAAUUUAAUUAAGAGGUUUUAAGCAGUUUAAACUGCUACAUUCUUUCAUGGACCCUUUAGAUUAUUUAAUUGUUGUAGUAUUUAUUAUUGUAGUAUUUGUCCAGCAUAAGCUGGCAAAUAAACUUUAUCACCUUAAGCCAAUUUAAUCAGUUUAACACUGCAAAACUUUCUCCCAAAUUGAUCAAAUUUGGAAAUGAAUUAAAUUCUUUUUAAAGCUGUAGUGUAUUCUGAUAGUGAUUUUUGUCAGUAACAGAUGAAGUGAUGACUGCACCUGACUUCAUAAAGUAACAACCUCAUAACUAUUACUCUGCAGAAGCGAUUAAAUAUAUAGAUUGGUAUUUUUCUCUGAUCUAAAUUGUGCCUCUUAGAGAGGCUGGUAGGAGCUCUAGGGUGCGAAUUGUAUUCACUGUCUGGCUAGAUCCUUGCAAAUCUUCACCUGCACUGUUCUCAAAAUCAGUUUCCACGUACACUGCUUCAGCUAUCCUCGGGCUUCAAACACAGAACUGUUCUCAGAACUGAAUUCGAUAAGUUGUGAAAUGUAUUAUAAUGCAAGUAAUGUGACUGAACAGCUUCCAUAUGCAGUUUCUUACAAUUGAAUAACCAUGUUUGUUGGUGCUAGUUUGGACUCUGUAUCUCAGGUGAAAGCAGUUUGGAACUGUUGUUUUUUAAUUAUGUUGAUUAGAGCUAUGUGUAAGCCAUGUGUUUUCAUGUGUACCAAUAAAGGGAAAGGUAGUAUUGUUUCUGACCAAUCUGGAAGCAACAGACACUCCUAAGGAUUAUUGGAUGACUUUGAAGAAAUGAAUUCUCAGCUGAAGUUUCACAGUCACUUACCUUAUUUCUGUAUUUAACUACUUGUGUACUGAUCAAUCUGGUCAGAUUCUAUUGAUCAAACAAGUUUGUAUAGCUCUGCUUCUCAUAGCAAACUCAGUCUUCUGAUUUAAGCCGUAGCCCUUUUCUAAUAAAAUAAUUCCCUGUA